GCUCCCGGUAGCUGUUCUGCAACGGGGAGAAGAAAAAACGGGCGCCCACCUUGCCAAACCAGGGCAUGGAGGCCGGCGUCGGAGGGGGCAACUGCGCGGGCCUCGUCGCCGUCGCGGCGGUGUCGGCCGCCGUCACGCUCGCCACUGUGCGCCUCUACCGCGGCCUCGAGUCCGACUUGAGGAAGAAGAUCCGGCUCCAGGAGUACGGUGAGUCAACGGCACGCGCUUGCAUGCAUGCCGCGCGCUCUCUUGUGUUGGUCUCACAGGAACUUGUUUUGCUCGUCCGAUCGAUUGGUUUAGGGGGCCAGAUGGCGGGCGGCGUGAGGCCGGCGACGGGGAAGAAUAAGGUGCGGUUCGCGGCCGACGUGGUGGAGCCGUCGUCCAACAACGACGAGUACCGGAGAAGAAGGCAGCGGUUGGUCGCUGGCCAGACGUCGUAGCUGGCCGAUCCGCCUGCCUACGCCUUGCUUAGCUUUUGUUUUUAUUUUUGUUUUGUUUACUUGGUCUCAACAUAGUCGAUGUUAGAUUUUGGGUGCUCGUGAAAGGUGUACAUAUGCUUUCUGGCUUCUGCUACAAGAAAUGAAUGAAUAAUGCGGACGGAGGUGCGCAUGUAGCUGCAUACUCCACCGUC